AUGCUAAGUCAACAUAUUUACGACGUCAUUGGAAAAUACUAUGAUAAAAUUGUGGAUGGGAUUGAUUUACGUAAACUGAUAGUUUGUGACUCUUUAAAUCAGCUGAACCUUUUUCAUGAUGAAAUUCAAGAGUUGUGUGGAUUUCGUUCCAAAAGAAAGCGAAAUAUAGAAUUUAUAAAAAUUCUAAAAUGCCGAGAUGACGAAUAUUUUAUCCAAUUCUGUGAUUUACUUCGUAAAUCUUAUGCUGAAGGGAGAGGAUGGAUGCGCUAUAAUUUAGGUGAAAUAUUAGAACAAGAAGCAAGAAUUUUUGCUGGUGGCCACAACGUUAUAAGCGGCAAUGAAAUUUGUAAAAUGGCCAACAACUUUAUCUAUCCCCAACUGAAUCGUUAUUUACUAGAAAUUUGGAAAAAAGCUACGAUGAUUAGCGGUUAUCGACCAAGCCCGCAAGCAUACGGCUGGCUUCGCAAUGUUCCUGAAAUUUCGAAGAAACGCUACGUGAUUCGACAAGAUUUCUUGACGACCCUUCGCAAUCAGUUGCUGAUCUUGAACGAUCACGUCAGUGGACAGAUUUUAGUUCAUGGACUGCCGGGUAGCGGCAAUAUCAACGAAAACGAACUUUUAGAAAUUUUAAGAAACUUAGCAGUUAAGCUACGAGUUCGGUGGGAUAAAUCUCCUCGAAAUUUACAGGAGAUAACUCAAUAUCUUGAGCAGUUCUUUUCCGUCAAUAAAAAGCAUUCCAACAUCCUUUUCGUUUUUGACGACAUUCGGAACCAGUAUCACUUAAAUUAUUUAAAAUUCGCUAAGAAAUUUAUAGCUACUUCGAGAACACUUCACGAUAGUACCAGUUGCCGCAUUAUCUCCUCACCGAUUUCAUUCACACAAGAUGAAGCUAUGAAAAUUUUAGCUCAACAUUACAGCAAAAAGACGUUGGAAGAAUACCGAAAUUGCAUUGAUCAAGUCAUUCGUACAUGUGAAAGCUUACCACUCGCGGUUGCAAUCCUUGGAGGUUUAAAAUUAAGAAAUAAAAGAGAAUGGCAACAAAUUUUGGUUAUACUUGCAGGAAAAGACGGAGAAAACAAUUUAACAGACAAUACUUCCUUGCUAUAUAAGUUAUUUGAUUAUAGUAUCCACAGAUUGGAUUAUGCUAAUCAAGAUUUGUUUCGAAAUCUUGGAGUAUUCAAGCGAGUGAAAAUUCCUAUUACCUCAAUCAUGGCACUCUGGAAGCUGGAUGAACUAGCUACAAGACAAAUUCUAAAUGAUUUUAAUGAAAGAUCAUUAUUAAGAUAUACUGAUAAGUACAGACGAUACUAUAUUUUGGAUGAUUUGAUGGUCGAUUAUCUCCAACUAUCUUUGGAUCCAAAUAAAUCUUCGCAGUCUUACAUGCGAACGCUAAAUCGUAGACUUAUCGCCGGUUAUGGGCAUUAUUGUCAAGGAAAGUGGCAUACCUACCCCGACGAUGGCUAUUAUUAUCAGCAUUUUAUUUAUCACGUAAUACAAGCAGAAGAUAAUAAAUUAUUGGAAUCGGUCCUGAGUAACAGUAAAUGGGUAUCAACUCAACUCACAUUAUAUAAAACGAAACGCUAUCUUCCAGCUAAUCUACAAAAUACCAUCAGUUAUAUUGCCAAGAAGCAACUCGUGGAUGAAGAAAUGCAUGAAGAGCUGCUUAACCUACUGAAUCAAUAUCUAUCCUAUUUUGACAUCAGUCAAUUAAAUUUUAUUCAGUUUUUACUUUAUUGUGCUCCAAAAGACAGCUGGAUUGCUAGCCGAGCCUUAGAGUUGGCAAAACACAGUAAUCAACGUGAUGGAAGACCCUACUGGGUUAUAACAGGAUAUCGAAAAUGUGAGCAAGCUGAGUUCUCUACAAAUUUAUCACGAGAACUGGAAAUAGCUGAAAAAGAUGUAAUGCCUGAAUGGUCCAACCCACGUUAUGGCAAUUCUAGAAUUAUACAAACCAAAAAUAAUCAACAUGAUGAUCGUCAAAUUUUGGUGACCGAUGCUGCAACGGGUAAUGUUAUAUUUAAAAGUCAGUCUUCAUAUGAUCUCAUCAGUGAAGUUCAAAUUUCGGCUGAUGGUAAAGUUGCUGCUUUCAAGAUCGGAUACUGGAAAUGCCAAUGGAAAGUAUACAACGUUGAUAGUGGAGAACGAUUACGAUUUGUACUGCAUCAACCAGAAGGGAAAAUGAAAAAAGUUAAAUGCUGUAUGCCGAACCUUAAUUUCUGCCCAAUAAUUGUAAAUGACCAAACGCUUUUUAUGACCAUUGAUACCAACAGUAAUAAUUUUAUUAUCUGGAAAGUAAAUAAACUGCAAAUUGAAGAAAUGCAAAGAUAUUCAAGCCCGGAUGGAAUCAAGCAAUGCGAGUUUAUAAAAAAUGAUAGCAAAAUCAUGAUUUGUCAAGAUUUAGAUGAAGAAAAAUAUCGAGUUGAAUUACUAGUACUAGGACAAGAGAAAUUUCAUCGAUCAUUUCAAAUUCCUAAAUGGAUUAUAAAAGACCGUGAUGGGAAAUUUAUUAAUUCUAGACAUCAUACAGACUUGUGGUUAAAAUACGUAAAGUACAUCGAUAAGGACUGUGCUGCAAUUGUGACUGCAUAUGAUAAUGUCCUUGGGUUAUUUUCUGAUUCAGUCUACGAAAGAGUAGCCAUUGAUUUUACUUACAAUGUUGCCAAUACUUUUCAACCAAUUUUUGAGUGCGACAACGAUAUUACAAACAUUGAUAUUUCGGAUGAUCAUCGAUUUAUUGGAAUGCUUUGUUGGUCUAGAAAUGUGAUUGUAAUGAAAAUUGAAGCUGGCCACGUGCAUUCUUAUAUCACUAUCGAUACUUUACAAGACAUUCAUGAUUUCAUGUUCAUCCCUGCAAGCCAGCAUCUAGUAGUAUACAACGCAGAAAGCAAACACCCAAUACAGGACUGCAAUUUAUCAGUUCUGUUUCGAUUCAAUAAAUGCCAUAAUGAUAGCUGCGUAAGCAAUCACGUAAUAAUCCAUUAUCAUAUCAUUAUAACUGAGAUUAAGUACCUACAUGGUUAUACGGCAUUAAAGCAAUCUCGAGAAAUUAUGGUUCUUCCUAUGGAAGAAACUACAAAUAAACUUACAAUUAUACUAUCAAGAUACAGAAAAUUGGAUCAUAGACUAAUUUUCAUUUUAAAAGCAGAGCACUCGGAUAAGAAUGAGAGAAUGCUUGUUAUGAAGAUUAAUGUCCAAAAUGGUGAUACUGAAUACUACUUAGAUAGCACUUCAAGUCUAUCUAGGAAUAUAAAUGUAAUCUACUGCGAUGAUUAUAGCCUAAUCAUUCAUCAAUAUUCACCAGAAAUUAGUAUGACCAGUAUCAGGUAUUACAAAUUGGGCACGGAAAGAAUGCAAACCAAAUUAUACAUGGAACACAAUUACGAUCAUUGGGAUGGAUUAACGUGUAAAAUUACCCUACCAAAUGACGAAGAAUGCACUAAAAUACAGUUUUCACGAUUUUGGAAUAAAGUUCGCGAUAAUGUCACAAAAUUGAUAAGUAAUAAGACUGAUAAUAGUAUAAAGCACUCUGGCCUAGAAGAUAAAAACGCAAUUAUUGAGGAGUGGGGAACAGUUGACGGCAAUUUAUUCGCUGAAUAUAUUCCUGAUAAAUACCAAUGUGCCGAAUACUUUUUAAUUGAAAAAGGAAAAGAAAAAAUUAUGGUUAAUUCCUGCGGUGAAGUUUUAAUGAAAUCUUAUUUGGACAAUGUUCUAAAACUUGAUUACGAACCAAAUUUGUUUAUCAAUGUCGAAAGUUUAUGGCCAAAAAAAUUCUUCGUUACGGUAGACAAAAUAAAGGGUAAAAUUCUUUUCUACGGAAAGGAAACCAUGAACCUACUUCAUACAGUUUACUCACCUAAUAUUAACAAUCCAUCGAGCAUAAUAGGUAAUGAAAAUCAGUCAUUAUUUAUCUGCAAAGACAUUAAAGGUCAGGUAUAUUACGUUAUUAAAGUUUUUCCUGGAGUCGAGUCAUCUGCUGAUGCUUGA